ACUAGAGGAAGAUGAGCGCAGCCUGGUGGAGGAGCUAGCUCUUCUGGAGGGACUUGCAUGCAACACAAAUGAGAUUGAAGCAGAUGAUGCACUACCAACAACAAAGUUGGUGGGUCAAGCAUUCGAAGACCAUAAGAAGACUAUCUGGUCCUGGUUGAUGCACGAUGAAGUUUCAAGUAUUGGAAUCUAUGGCAUGGGUGGAGUGGGUAAGACAACUUUGGUGAUGCAUAUGUAUAAUCAGCUUCUAUGGAGAUCAGAUACUUUCUCUCAUGUUUACUGGAUUACUGUUUCACAAGAUACCAGCAUUAAAAAAUUGCAGGGCAGUAUCAGAAGAUGUAUUGGUUUAAAUCUUUUUAAUGAAGAUGAGGAGCGGCACAUAGCAGUUGAAAUGAGAAAAGAAUUAAUGAAGAAACAGAAAUGGGUUUUGAUUUUAGAUGAUUUGUGGAACACUAUUGAGAAGCUGGGAGUUCUUGUCAAAGUUAAAGGAUGCAAGCUUAUUCUCAUAACUCGAUCAAAAAAGAUUUGUCAACAAAUGGAUACCCUACACAUAAUCAAAGUGAAGCCUAUUUUGGAGGAAAAGGCUUGGAUUUUGUUUAUUAAGAGACUCGGACAUGACAUAACACUUUGUCCAGAAGUGGAACAAAUUGCAAAAUCUAUCACAUAGGAGUGAUGGUUUGCCGCUAGGAAUUAUAACAACGGCUGGAGCCAUGAAGGGGGUGGAUGACAUAAACAAGUGGAGGAAUGCUUUAGAGGACA